GAGAGAGAGUAAGAAAAGAGUAUUAAUGUGAUCACGAGUAUGACUAGGAACUUAUAAUACUAUUACGAUAAGAUUAAGAAACCCGAGGUUUCCACUCUUUUACGUUACUUCCAAACGGAACCCGUCGGUCUCAUGAAUAUAAUAAACAAAGUAUGAUUGAGAUGUAGUAUAAUAUUACACGGUCUUUGAGUAUUUGUCUGUUAACUGAUUCUUGAUUGGGUUUCAUCAGCCUCUUCACUUUUGAGCAACAAUGGCUGAAAUGAUCAUCGUUGACUAUCAAAACUGUUUCAUUUACUUCCUCUUGUGUCUCUUUUCACUCCUGUGUUACUCUCUCUUCUUCAAGAAACCAAAGGACCCACGAGACUUUGAUCGUCCUCCGAGCCCUCCGUCACUGCCAAUCAUUGGUCAUCUUCACCUUCUCCUCUCUGAUCUAACCCACAAGUCUCUUCAGAAAAUCUCUUCCAAGUAUGGACCUCUCCUUCAUCUCCGGAUCUUUAACGCCCCCAUCACCCUCGUCUCUUCAGCAUCAGUGGCCUACGAGAUCUUCAAGACGCACGACGUGAACGUCUCCUCUCGGGGUGAUGCUGCUGUCGAUGAGUCCCUCGUGUUUGGAUCUUUUGGAAUAGUCAACGCUCCCUAUGAAGAUUACUGGAAGUUCAUGCAGAAGCUUAUGGCAACUAAGCUGCUCCGACCACAGUCACACUCGCUCGAGUGGUCACGAGGUAUCCGAGCUGAAGAGCUUCAGAGGUUUUACAACAUCCUUCUCAAUAAGGCGAGGACGGCCGAGAGCGUUGAGAUCAGUAAGGAAGUGAAGAACCUUAUGAACAACAUCUUGUGCAGGAUGAUCAUGGGAAGGAGUUUUACAGAGGAGAACGGUGAGACAGAGAGAGUCAGGGGAUUGGUGGAUGAAUCAUAUGGCUUGACGAAGAAGCUUUUCUUGGCAGCUAUACUACGCACACCGCUUGAGAAGCUUGGGAUCCCACUAUUCAAGAAGGACAUAAUGAGUGUUUCCAACAGAUUCAAUGAGCUGCUAGAGAGGAUUCUUGUGGAACACAAAGAGAAGCUACGCGAGGAGCAUCAAGGUAUGGAUAUGAUGGACGUGUUGAUGGCAGCUUAUGAAGACGAAAACGCAGAGUAUAAGAUCACUAUGAAUCAGAUCAAGGCUUUUUUUGUGGAGUUUUUCAUUGGAGGGUCUGAUACGUCAACGCAAGCAACACAAUGGACAAUGGCAGAGAUCAUUAACAACCCCGACGUUCUUGAGAAAUUGAGAGAAGAAAUUGAUUCAGUUGUAGGGAAAUCAAGGUUGAUUCAAGAAACGGAUAUACCAAACCUUACUUAUUUGCAAGCAGUGGUUAAGGAAGGACUAAGAUUGCACCCACCAGUGCCUCUCUUGGUAAGGUCGUUUAAACAAAGAUGUGAGAUCGAAGGGUUCUACAUACCGGAGAAGAUGACACUCAUUAUUAAUAGUUAUGCUGUGAUGAGAGAUUCUGAUCUUUGGGAAGAUCCUCUUGUGUUUAAGCCGGAGAGGUUCUUAGCUUCUUCAAGAUCAGAGCAAAAAGAAGAGAAAGAGCAAUCACUUAAGUAUCUUCCUUUUGGCGGUGGAAGAAGAGGAUGUCCUGGAGUGAAUCUAGCAUCUAUAUUUGUCGGAACAGCGAUAGGAGUGAUGGUGCAGUGCUUUGAUUGGAAAAUCCAAGGAGAUAAGGUCAACAUGGAGGAGACUUAUGGAGGAAUGAACCUAACAAUGGUUCACCCGCUUAAGUGCACUCCAGUUCCUCGAACACAGAUUCCCAGUUUCUAACACUCAGCUGGGGGAACAAACAUGUACCAAGUUUGCUUCCCUCUGUUACAUUUGCUUAGUGGCACUCAUGUUUUUUUCGAAUCUUUUAAUCCGUAUGGAAAUUCAGACGUUACUUUCAUAUGAUGUAUUUGCAAGUCAAAACAUUAAAAUAAAAUAUCAAAGAGAUUGCAAAAA